ACACCUCUCACUCACUCCGCCCUCGCCCCCGCCACCUCAUCGACGCCUCGAAGCCGAACCCUGGGCAAGGAAAAAUACCUAACCCUAGCUGGUCCGCCAUGGCCAGGGAGGCGUCGUCGUCCUCCGCGCCGGGGCCCUCAGAGUUGCCGCCGGCGGCUGGUGGCAGCGGCAGCGGAAGCGGCGGGGACACGCCGCGAGUGACGCGGCGACGCGCCCGCGGCGACCCCCUCCUCAUCGUGUGCGGCUGCUUCAGCGUCGUCACGGCCGCCACCGCCUUGCUCUGCGUCGCCGUCAACGUCCUCUCCGCUGUCCAGUCCUUCCGCCGCAACGGUGGCUACAUAUUCGGGGGCAUAUUCCGGUGCUAUGCGGUGGUGAUCUCGCUGUUCGUGGCCGUCCUCGAGACCGAGUGGGGAUUCAUCAUCAAAUUCUGCAAGAUAUUGGAAUACUGGCCUGCAAGGGGGAUGCUACAGAUAUUUGUUGCUGUCAUGACGAAGGCAUACCCAAACGUUGAAAGGAGCGAUCUGAUUUUGCUUCAGGACAUUGCCAGCUAUCUGCUCCUUGCAUGUGGACUAAUCUAUGUAAUCUCGGGGGUAUUAUGUCUUGGUGUACUAAAGCGUUCUAGGCAGCAGAAAGCAACAUCACGAGAGCAAGCAGCCAAAGAUCUGCAUGAGCUGGAGAAGCGGAGAGAGGAACUCGAGGCAUUGUUAAUUGCUGAGAGGUCCGAAUUGGUCUGAUGAAUCUGAGCACGACGAUUUAACAUUUCUCACGUGGUGUAGAUAGAUUGUUGCUCCUGCUAAUUGCAUGCCACUUUUCAUGGUCAUCGAUUUGUCACCCGAGACAUUUUCGUUGGGAGUGCCCCCUUUUCCUGUUAGUGCUGACCUUUACCAAUCAUUUGCUUCCUAUGUUUACAUGGAUUGCAGUGGACCAUAUUGCGCUCUUAUUUUAUUUUUAGCUAGGAAUGGCUUGCUAACAUAUUUGGUAAAUCGACAGGUGUUCCAGUUUUCGUCUAGAUUUCUGCUGAAUUUGGUUUCUGGUGUGAGCAUUUUCGUGGAUGCAUGGAUCAAGCGGGAUUGUGUUGUCUCAGUUGUUGGAUUUAUGUCAAUGCCGUAGGCCUCAAAAUGUACCAUGCUGACAUGGUGUGUGUUUGUUGUCUCUGUAGUCUUUGACUGAACCAUGGAUGCUAAAUAAUUUUCUGUAUUUUGUGUAAUAGAGGGUUCAUGCUUGCUUAA